CUUUCCCACCUAGAUGUAAAUAAACCACGUAGGGCAGGCUUCCUAUACCUGUGGAGGGCUGCCAAGUUUGAGUUUCCUUCGAGCGAGCGGUCCUAGUGGCUCAGUGAUGGCAGAAGAUGGAGGGAGAGUGAAAGGGGGAGGGCCUAAAGGGAAGCAGGGCACUAAAGGGCAGAAGCAGAUUGUGGAGGAGAACAGGGCCACCAUCAAGUUCUACCUGUAUGUCAUAGCAGGGGCAAAUGCUAUUUACUUACUACCAACACUGUUCCUGUACUGGGAUUCGUUCUCAUGGGUGACUGGGUGCCUCUUGGGUUUCGCCACGCUGGUGUAUCUGGCCUCGCUCCAGUCCAUGCGGAGUAUGGCCCGACCUACAUACUCUGACUCAGGGGCCCUGAUGGACGGUGGGAUUGAUCUCAAUAUGGAGUCAGGCAUGGCAGAGCACCUGAAGGAUAUAGUACUACUGACUGCCAUAGUCCAGGUCAUCAGUAUAUUCUCUAACUACUUCUGGCUACUCUGGCUCCUGGUGCCAGGCUAUGCCUUCUACAUGCUGUGGGUCAACAUCCUGGCACCCUGGAUCUUCGCACCCGCUCCCGAGGUCGAUGAAAAGAAAAUGAAGAAGAUGGAGAGGAGAGUAGGGAAGCAACGAUUUUGAAUUAAAAUAGCCUACAGUUAGAGUUUACAAAAAAAAUUGUUGUACUGUACCUUAAUGUGACUGUGUUUUUGCACCAUUCUUCUAUCCAGAUGCAGAUUUGUACCUGCAUCUUAGAACUCCACUCAGUCUAUGGAGGAGUUUCCACAAUGCAGAUUCAACUCUGCAUUAUAUAUUAUAGGAGAAUGUUCAGAAGUAGAGUUCAUUAUCAGAUGUUAAUCUUUUCAAAGAGAUAUGAAAACAUGUAUAUUGCAGUGAUGCAUUCUUAAGAUGAGCAUGGCUGUUCGUACAACACACAAUGUUACUAUAUUUCCAUUAGAUAUACUUUCAAUCUAGCAAGUAAUGUAGCCACCUAUGGAUAGCUAUAUAGGCAGAAAUUGAUAGAUAGUAUGAUCUGAUUAUUUUAAAGAGGAAUAUUGGAUGUGAUUGACCUACAUUUAAGUAAAGAAACUGUUUGCGUACUGAACAGUUGUCAUUUUAAGUAAACCAUCGGUAUAGCAAUGCAUUCAUACUGGUAAAACGCAUAAUGUAGCACAACCUUUUUUCAGGGAGUUAGUGUAGCGGUGUGUUUUUACAUAUAAUUGAAGUACAUUUGAACAUCUCCAAAAAGGAAUCACAAAUAGGAAUUUGUUUUAAGACCAAAGGAACAGCUGAUUUGGGUUAGUUUUCUUAGAUAAGUACUGAAAUAUCUUGCUUUAUUUAAGGAAUAAAGCUGCAAAUACACUGAUAAAUGACGUCAACACAUAAAA